CAACAUGCAAACCAACAGCAGAGAUACAAGGUAAAGUGUAAAUAGACUGCGCACGCACCUCUACGAUCCCGUCCUCCGGAAGCGGAAGCAGCCUCCGGCUUCAGUGUGCAUCAGCCAUCCACGGUGGAAAGUUUAGAGUUUCUGAUCGCACCUUAGCGCGAUGGACCUAAGUGCUGAAGUUAUCACGUCAAAAUCAAACGUCCCUCCGUCCUGAUAAGCCCUCCUGUGAGUCCACCAGUCCAGUGAGACACCGUCUUAACAGCUCUGGUUGGGUCAGUUCACCUUCCUGCUCAGAGAUCACAGCUCAGGAGCGAUCCUCCCAGGCGUGGCCUCCUAGCUGAACAGACACCAUGUGUGACCGCCUCUCUGCCGGCGGCGGCCGCGAGCCGCGGAUCCGCGGGGGUGUGGUCAAGGUGCCGGGCGACCUGGAGCUGAGCGACUCUGACCCCGAGGACCCGGGGGCCGGCCCCCCACUGGACGCCGAGGUCAGGGAGCUGAACUCCUCCAGCGAGGAGGAGGAGGAGGUGGCGACGGUGCGCUGCGGCCGCCCGCUGCCCGCCGCACCGCUCAGCAACUUCAGCCUGAAGGGCGGCAGCAGCAGCUUCUCCUUCCGCAGCCGCAACAUCUUCGACUGCCUGGACACCGUCGCCAAGGAGACCUCCUCGCCGGGCAAGGACGGCGUCGCUAUGGAGACCGCCUCCCCGCCGGGCAAGGACGGCGUCGCUAUGGAGACCGCCUCCCCACCGGGCAAGGACGGCGUCGCUAUGGUGACGUCCCCCAAGCCGGGGCAGGACGGCGCCGUCGACGGGGUCUUUGUGAGGCCCUCGCCUCCGCCGCCACUUGGCUGCGGGAAGAAGACCGGCGGGCCGCAGGCGGGGCGGAAGCGCCACGUUACCGAGGGCCCCGGGGACCCGGUCCAGGUCCCGGCCCGCAGAGGGGCCCCGGACUACCUGCUGCACCCGGAGCGCUGGACGCGCUACAGCCUGGAGGAGGUGGCGGAGACCAGCGACAGUCGCAACCGUAGCGUGGCGCUGCAGUACCUCCUCAGCCUGCAGCAGAGCCAGGAGCCGGCCCCGGGGCCCGAGGGGGCCUGCUUCGUCCCCCCCGACCCGUCCUGCGCCCCGGCCCCCGAGGGCAGCGUGGGGCCCUCCCCCCACAGGAUCAUCUUCUCCAGGCCCGGCCGGGGCCCCGGGAGGGAGGAGCGGGGGGACGAGGGGAGAGUGGCCCCAGACGGGGGGGGAAGGAGGGGAGCUCUGAGCCACCUGCAGGAGGAGGAGAAGGAGGAGGAGGAGGACGACCUGGACUGCAGCACGGCCGCCGUGCCUCCCAAGGUGGAGCAGAGGAAGAGGAAGAUAGGGCCUGGGAGAGGAGGCGGAGGGCUGAUGAUGGAGGAGGAGAAGGAGGAGAAGAGCGAACCAGAAGUCGCGCCAGAGUUCGCCUCCUUCAGGAAGGCUCACCGCAAGAACUACAGGAAGACGUCGGAGCAGGAGGAUGAAUGAGGGACUGCUGACCGGACCCCCGGGGAGUCUCUCCUGGUCUCUCUCCACUGAGGGGGGCUCUGUCACCCAGCACACCCCCGGAGAAUACCACUUAAUGGUUGGGCUGUAUAUCUUUCUGCUGAUUUGGGUGUAUCGCUGUACAGAAGUUUUUUUUAUAAUAAAAAUGCUUUUUGCAAGCUAAGCUGACACAA